AUGCAAAUCUUCGUUAAGACCUUAACAGGAAAAACAAUCACUCUUGAUGUUGAAUCUUCAGAUACCAUUGAUAAUGUGAAAGCCAAAAUCCAAGACAAGGAAGGAAUUCCUCCAGAUCAGCAAAGACUUAUCUUCGCAGGCAAGCAAUUGGAAGACGGAAGAACUCUUGCUGACUACAACAUCCAAAAGGAGUCAACCCUCCACUUGGUGCUCAGACUCAGAGGUGGCAUGCAAAUCUUUGUUAAAACCUUGACAGGUAAAACAAUUACGCUUGACGUCGAAUCCUCAGACACCAUUGAUAACGUCAAAGCAAAAAUCCAAGAUAAGGAAGGAAUUCCUCCAGAUCAGCAAAGACUCAUCUUCGCAGGCAAGCAAUUAGAAGACGGAAGAACUCUUGCUGACUACAACAUCCAAAAGGAGUCAACCCUCCACUUGGUUCUCAGACUCAGAGGUGGCUUUUAA